CCACAUCGCCGUCUCCGUUUCGUCCUCCUCGCGCCGCCGCCGUCGCCGCCGCUAGGGUUUUUGGCUAUGGACGCGACGCGGCAGCCGGACCAGCGUCGAGGAGAUGGCGGCGGAGACCGCUACGGCGUGCUUCUCUACUACAAGUACGCCGAGGUGUCCGAUGCCGCCGCGCUCGCCGCGUUCUACGAGGAGCACUGCCGCAGCCUCGCGCUCGUCGGCCGCGUCCGCGUCGGCCCUGACGGCGUCAACGCCACGCUCGGGGGACGGAUGACGGCGCUAGAGAAGCACAUCGUGGAGAUGAGCUCCAACACCUUGUUCGAGGGCACGGACUUCAAGCUGGCUUCCUGCGAGGACCCAGUUGACGAGAGGGUUGCCAGGGAAUGCGGCUUCACCUCGCUCUCCGUCCGGGUCGUCAAGGAGCUGGUUACCCUGUGCUCGAAUCCCACGUCGGCACCACCGGAGAUUUCAAGUGCAGGAAGACACUUGUCAGCCGCUGAGUUCCAUUCGGUGCUCCAAAAUGUCGCUGGGACUAGUUUGGAUGCGGUGGCAUCUGCGGAGAAGAAUGAAGUGGUUGUUGUGGACGCGAGGAAUGUGUAUGAGACACGGAUCGGCAAGUUCAAUGUACCAAAUGUGGAGACUUUAGAUCCAGAAAUCAGGCAAUACAGUGACCUGCCUCCAUGGAUAGAUGAGCAUACUGAGAAGCUGCGUGGGAAGUCAAUUCUGAUGUACUGCACAGGAGGCAUACGCUGUGAGAUGGCAUCAGCUUAUAUUCGCUCGAAAGGUGAAGGAUUUGAGAACGUUUUUCAGCUAUAUGGUGGCAUUCAGCGGUAUCUAGAGCAAUUUCCAGAUGGUGGCUAUUUUGAAGGAAAGAAUUUUGUAUUUGACCACAGAAUCUCAGUGGGAAGCCUGAAAGAGAACAUACUUGGAACGUGUUUGAUAUGUGGUUCUUCCUAUGAUGAUUAUUCAUCUCGGUGCCGUUGCAGCCACUGCAGAAUGUUGGUAUUAGUGUGCCCUACAUGUCAGGAUUCCACUAAGGAAUAUGUAUGCGAGCUAUGUCAAAAGAAUGGAAAAGAACCCUGCCAAAUAUCAAGAAGGCAAGACUGCGAAAUACAGACAGGGCUAUCUGAACCUUCUGGGUUUGAAAAGCCAUCCAUAAGAAAUCACAAAGAGACCUCCGAAGUUCCCUGGAGUAAUGGUAAGGUGAAAUGUUACACAGAUAGCGAGCAGCUGAAAAAGCUGAGGAUCCUCUGCUUGCAUGGUUUCCGUCAGAACGCAUCCAAUUUUAAGGGAAGAACAUCAGCACUUGCCAAGAAGCUGAAGCACAUUGCUGAGCUUGUCUUCAUAGAUGCUCCUCAUGAGCUUUCUUUUGUAUACCAACCAAUCCAGAGCCACUGCUCUGACAAACCCUCACCUCCGUCUGCAACACCAAAAUGGAAAUUUGCGUGGCUCAUUGCUCCAAACUCCAGAUGCAACACCGAGCAAGACUGGAAGGCCGCAGAUGCGCCAUUCGACCCACUUCAGUACCAGCAACAAACUGAAGGCUUUGAGGAAUCAUACGCCUACCUAGAAAACGCCAUCUCUGAGAUGGGGUGCUUGGACGGAAUCCUUGGCUUCUCUCAGGGCGCCGCCAUGGGCGCAUUGUUUUGCAGGGAGCAGCAGAAGAAGUGUGGAGCUCCAAAGUUCAGGUUUGGGAUGUUCUGCUCCGGGUAUCCAGCACCAGUGGGCAGUUUCGAUGGUGAACCGAUCAAGCUCCCCUCGCUCCAUUGUUUUGGCAAUGGCGAAGGCCAUGACAGGCAGAUAGCGAACAGGGCGAGCACUGAAUUGGCUGGUCUGUUUCAGCAGGAUUGCUGCUCCGUUAUUGAGCAUGAUAUGGGCCACAUAAUCCCCACCCGGUCGCCCUACAUCGAUCAAAUAAAGGAUUUCUUGUCGAGAUUCAUAUGAAAUGUUUUCAAGUGAUUGUAUUCUGUUGUAAGUUGCUGGUGUACUGUGUACACAAGUUACGUUCUGAAUGGCAUCCACUGUGUUUGCUAGUAAUUAGUGGUGUUUUCGCAUCUGAUUGUGGGAAACAAAUUGGGUUUCAUACUGAUGUCCCAUUUGGAGGGCGCUUUGGUUUCAUCUAUUUUACACAAAUUGAGACACUGUGA